GAAACACGUGAGCAGAUGAAACCUUCUGUAUCACGUGCCCCACCAAUAACUCAAGAAACACGUGACCAUAUGAUAAACGUUUCCCAGCAAAUAAAUCGUGCACCACGUGACCAAUCUAGUGAUUCUAAUCAUGAAACAAAAUCAAACGUCCAGCGUCAUCCGAACUUUCUAGGAAAUGUAUACCUGCAACAGAGGAUAUGUUUUAAAUACAGACCAUCUUUCUUUGGAAAAUAUGUAGAAUACGAAUUUGAACCCUAUUGUUACACACUACAGCAAACACUACCAGAAGUGGUUGAAGAGGUACCAUUGAGACAUCAGCCGGAAGAUGGCAAAACCAGUCACGUGAUAACAAACAACGACAAAGAUAAGGUCAACAAAACUCAGACUAGCAUGUUACAGAACAGAAAUCGUCGACUCCAUAAUGAUGAGAUCGAAAAGGACACGUGCAGAAUGGAUGUGACGAGCAUGUUACAGAACAGAAAUCGUCGACUCAAUAAUGAUGAGAUCGAAAAGGGCGCGUGCAGAAUGGAUGAGACUAGCAUGUUACAGAACAGAAAUCGUCGACUCCAUAAUGAUGAGAUCGAAAAGGACACGUGCAGAAUGGAUGUGACGAGCAUGUUACAGAACAGAAAUCGUCGACUCAAUAAUGAUGAGAUCGAAAAGGGCACGUGCAGAAUGGAUGAGACGAGCAUGUUACAGAACAGAAGUCGUCGACUCAAUAAUGAUGAGACCGAAAAGGGCGCGUGCAGAAUGGAUGAGACGAGCAUGUUACAGAACAGAAAUCGUCCACUUCAUAAUGAUGAGACCGAAAAGGGCGCGUGCAGAAUGGAUGAGACGAGCAUGUUACAGAACAGAAAUCGUCCAUUUCAUAAUGAUGAGAUCGAAAAGGGCACGUGCAGAAUGGAUGAGACGAGCAUGUUACAGAACAGAAAUCGUCGACUCCAUAAUGAUGAGAUCGAAAAGGGCACGUGCAAAAUGGAUGAGACGAGCAUGUUACAGAACAGAAAUCAUCGACUUCAUAAUGAUGAGAUCGAAAAGGGAACGUGGAGAGCGGGUGAGCCAUUUAAAGCAGAUACCAAACGAACAGUUUCCGCCGGAAGUAGAUCAAACAGACGGAUGAAUCGUAGAAAAAGCAACUCAUAUCAACGCAAACAACAACGACGCCAAAGUUUCACACUGGAGAAUGACGACGAUGAGUUGAUGCAGGUGUAUGACCGGGAGGAAGCGUCCGACCAGACGGAGGAGGAUAUCUUGGAAAACAUCCAGGAGCAGAAGGAGCUCAUCGACAGCGUCAAGUUCCAGCCGUGGCGCAUGAGCAAAAAACUCAAAAUACUACGUUUGGCGCGUGCUUAUGUGGAAAACCACGAAGUACGUUUGUCACGUGGGAAAGGUUACCAACAAAGAGGAAUGCAGGCUUUUCGUCAACUGAAACGAAGCAUGGACAAUUUUAUAAGCAUGCUAGUGCCCUGGGAAAUGACUAUCAAACGAAUCGAGAGUCAUUUCGGCUCGGUGGUGGCGUCCUACUUCGUCUUCCUGAGGUGGUUGAUCUGGAUAAACAUCUGGUUGACCCUGAUUCCAGUCUGUUUUGUUAUCAUCCCAGAGCUGAUCGUAGGACAGCCGUACGGAAGUACAGACAGAAAGAAGGUCCCGGAUGACGAAGCAGAAACUAGUGCCGAUCUUAAAACUCUGUGGAACGCUGAGGGCAUUCUAAAGUAUUCUGUUGUGUUCUACGGUUACUACGGCAACGAACACAUCAUAGGGACUGGCUACCGUCAACCACUUGCCUAUCUGUUAUCUUCCCUGGCCGCUUUCGCCUUCAGUUUCAUUGUCGUGCUCAAAACGAUGGCUGGAAACUCCCGCCAAAGCCGGAUGUCAACAAAGGAUGAAAAUUUUACCUUCUCGUGGAAACUCUUCACCGACUGGGACUACAUGAUCGGAAACAAGGAGACAGCGACGACCAAACACGCGUCGUUAGUCACGACGUUCAGAGAAGCAAUAUUAGAAGAGCAGGAGAAGAAAAAAGAAGAAAACAGGAAGUUGCUCAUCUUCCUGAGAGUGCUCGCCAACGUUCUCGUGCUGAUCCUGCUAGCGCUGAGCACCUACAUCAUCCAGGUGUUUGUCGGCAGGUCGAGGAAGAUGGAGGAGCAGAAACUCAGGGAUCCUAACUAUGACGCAGGAUUCUGGGCAGAAAACGAGCUGACCAUAAUAAUGACGCUCAUCUCCACACUGUUCCCCAACAUCUCCGACUUAAUAUCUCUGAUGGAGAAAUAUCACCCGAGAACCAACCUACGUCUUCAACUAGCAAGUUUUUCAGCUGAAAGUGGGGCCUGGGACAAGCGAGCUCGGAAAGACUUGGAUAGGGAAGGGGAGAAGACUUUGAAAGGGGGAACCGGGCCGUACCUGGAAAUUAUUCAGGGGGGAGGGGAAGGGGAGUGGGGACCUGAAAGACCUCGAAAAGUCGAAAUAGCCAGACAAAUGAACGCUACCAUGAAUGUAACGUGCUCAGCCUCGAUUUCACUUUCGACUGUUUCACCGGCCUCGCUUGCAAUAACUACUGUUGCGCCGGCUGCCUACACAGCGGUCGACCCUUCUGUGACGCCUGAGAACGUGACGCAGAACUGUACAACUUACCCAACGGAACUAUGCUGGGAAACCAUGAUCGGCCAAGAGGUAUGGAAGCUGACCAUCAUGGACACGAUAUUCGUCGUCGGCCAGAUCAUCAUCAUCGACCUCAUCCGCAGCGUCUUCAUCAGAUACUGCAACAACCUCUGCUGCUGGGACAUGGAGAAGAAGUUUCCGGAGUAUCCUGACUUCAAAACGGCAGAAAAUCUUCUACACCUGAUAAACAACCAAGGCGUUAUUUGGUUGGGCACUUUUUUCGCGCCUGGUCUUCCGUUGCUGAACUUCGUCAAACUGCUGGCACUCGUCUACAUCCGGUGCUGGUCGGUGAUGGCCUGCAAUGUUCCCCAGGAGAGAAUAUUCCGGGCUUCCCGCUCUAACAACUUUUACUUCACUCUGCUGCUUGUGAUGCUCUUCCUGUGUAUGCUCCCGCCGUUGUUUGCCAUCGUCGCCGUCGACCCGUCGCCCAACUGUGGGCCAUUCAGCAUGUUCGGACGUAGUAAGAUUUUCUACGUGAUCACGGACACGAUGGACAAGGAACUUCCGUCGUGGGUGAAUAGCGCUCUCGAGUAUGCGGCGUCGCCCGGUGUCAUCAUACCAGUGUUCCUCCUGCUGGCGAUGACCAUCUACUACCUGGUGUCUGUGGGAAGGUCUUUGCGAGAUGCUAACACUGAGUUACGUAUGCAGUUGGAAUAUGAAAGAACCGAGGGCAGGCGGAAGGUUUAUGCCAUGGCUGAUGCCAAACGUGAAAUGGAGGCUAGUAAGAACAAGGUCCUUCCAGAUGUUCCACCAAAACCCAAAAGGAAUAUGUCUCAAGCAGCCUCCUCUAUGAUGGCGGUGGCACGCAUGGCGAAGAUGCUCUCGGGAGACAUGCAGCCAACAAAAAUCUCGAACAAAGCGAAAAUCCCCGUAGCCGUCGUUGCUGGAAAAAGAACGCUGAAAGGAUCCAAUCCACGACAUAAUGAUCAAGAACACAGCCAAGAGGUGAAACUAAACAUGUACAACGCGGCCAGCAAGUUCGCCAAGAGGAUUCAGAAUAAAGGCAAGUCCAAUGGCUUGUUGAGCUCGGCGUCAGCAGACGCUGUCACCCAUAUGAGAAGAUCCGGGGCCAAUGCGAAGGUAGUGGAAGACCAGCCAACAGGCAACAGAAGACUCACGCCUUCGAGGUACACAGAGGCGUCUGAGAAUUCGGAACAUGUGUCUGCUCACGCUCAUAAUCAACAAGGUCAAGGUCGAGAGCAGGAUCAAGGUCGAGAUCAGGGUCAAGGUCGUGAGUAUGAUCACGGUCGAGAGCAUGAUCAAGGUCGAGAUCAGGGUCAAGGUCGAGAUCAGGAUCAGGGUCAAGAUCGAGAUCAGGAUCAAGGUCGAGAGCAGGGUCACGGUCAAACUCAGGAUACAGUGAGGCAUGUGGAGAGGCCUGCAAACAAAAGAGCUGCUGCCAAUGCUACUAUUAUCACGACGAGACCCGUGAUCGAGUGUGAGGACGUGGAAGUGAUCCCGCCCUCCAGCAAGAUGAUCGAAUCGUUUGACAAGAGCAGAAAGCGUUCCACUACAGCGAAACCUGCCAAUCACUCUGAAGACGUGAAAGAGGUGGUCGCCCCUAGCCAGCCACUCGGGAGCCCCGUCCGUCCAGAAGAGGGUCCCGCUAGAAACACGCUCGUCGAUCUGCUCGACGAUGCCGAACCUUCUCCUGCCGCGCCCAAGCAAAACCGGCCGCGCGUGCCGCCAAAGACGUUCCCCAAGAAGAUACACCUGAAAAAGAAUUCACUGGUUAAACCGAAACAGGUGGAGAUUCCCCCGACAUCGGUGGAGAUUGUCAAUGAGGUGCUCAACAGUGUUAUGUCGCCCAGUCGGGAAGUCGACGACGACGACGAGUCGGCGGUAUCGUCGACGGUCGGCGCCGACGAGGUGGCCCAGGCGGCGAGGAGCGCCAUUCCAAAAAUACGAGUUGUCGACUACAGCGACGACAAUCACUCGGUCAGUUCAGACAAGGAGGUGGAGCUCCACAACUACAACGACAAAGGUUACGAGUCGCCCGUCGACGAUUCCCUGCUCCAAGCGCCGAGAUCAGAACCCGAGCAAGAAGAAUAUGAUGAGGAAGAGGAGGUGAAAGAAGAUGUGGAGGAGGACGAGAAAGAGGAUGACACCCGGGAAAGAAUUAGAGGUACUCCUAACACCACCACCAACAAAAUGGAUCGUUCCUAUUCCGGAGAGGCUGACGUGGAGAGUAUGACGUCAGAGGAACUCGGCGAGAUGUGCUCGCCCAGACUGAGAAAGGCCAACUACUUCACGGCCGCACGGGCCGUGUUUGAGAAACAACUCAAGUGAAUUAGGGGCAGCCGGGUCGAAACACUUUAAGGGGGCGGGGAUUUAAAAAAAAAAAUAGGAAUUCGAAUUGUAAACGAAAACUGAACUGUAUAAAGAAAUGUAUUUGGAAAAGGGUGAAUCUUUAAAACAAAUCUGAAUUGUAUAAUAGUAACGCCUUUGAGGAACUUGGGAAAGUGUAUAAAGGGGGAAGUCGUUAAAGAAACUGAAAUUGUAUAAUGGGGCGUCUUGAGUAAUAUAUGAAAUCCAUAAAAAGGUGUCUUUAUGGAACUUUAAACUUUCUAAUGGUUAAUAUAUAAAAUAUGGAUUUGAACUGCCGGAUAAGAUAAUUACCAUACAAGUGUUAUCUGUAUUGUCUGGGAGUCAGUCUAAGUAGAAACUUGGACUGGGAAAUGGGAACGUGUAUAUAAAAGUGAAUCGCCUUAUGAAGAAUCUGUAUAAAACACUAGAACUGUCAGGGUUGGGAUGAUUCUAGAAAUCAGACAUACUUAAUGGCGCAAUAUGUAUAAAAAUUCCAAGCGUCUACGUUUUUAAGUAGGGGAAACACACAGAAAUGACAACAUAUAUGGAAGUCUGUUUAACACUGGUAGACCAAGGCAAAAAUAUCUUUGCAUCCAAGUCUUUUAACUGGCCUGCUGUGUUAUGAGUUAAAAAAUAAAACCGCUGUAAUGUUUUUUUUAAAGAUAAGAACCGUGUACACACGAUGGGGGUUGUUAAAAAGUGAAUGCGAUAAGUCGGCCACAGUUUCACAAUUUAAAACUGUCUCGAUAAGUGAGAAUAUUUCUGGAGAUAUCUGUAACUUACAUGUGUUAGCAAUUAUGAUAUAAAUUAGCCACAGUUCAUUACCACGAUAUUUUAAUAAAGCAUUGGAAUAUU